UAUCGUGCGGAGGGUGCGGAGCUGUCCGUGUUUGGUCCGCCAUGUUAGGCUCCUUGGGCCGUCUGACAGAGCUCACCUGGCCUUCGGAGCGCGGGAUGGAGCCUCAGGUGAACCUCCGCGUCACCUGCCGUGGGGACACCCAAAGUUUCCUGGUAUCGGACUCGGCGCACACGACUUGGGCAGAUGUGGAGGCCAUGGUUAAAGUUUCAUUUGACCUGGGCAACAUUCAGAUCAAAUACAUUGAUGAGGAUAAUGAUGAGGUCUCUGUGAACAGCAAAGAAGAAUAUGAAGAAGCUCUAAAGAUUGCAGUUAAACAAGGAAAUCAGCUUCAGAUGAAUGUGUAUGAAGAAGACUCUUGUCUGAAGGAAACUUCAAGUCCUUGUUCCUCUCAACUCUGUGAAAAAACUGGGACAGAAAAAUUGCUACUUCUUGAAGAGAAGAAAUCUCUUGUGCACUCUUCCAUGCUAGCUCAGGGUUUAGAAGAAGACUUAAAAAAUGGGAAGGAGCUGACAUUUCAGCAAAAGUUAAGUUACACCGGAGAAGGAAGAACAAAUGAAAACCCUCCAGAAUGGUUUACCAGCUACUUGGAAACAUUCAGAGAACAAGUCGUUAAGGAAACUGUUGAGAAACUGGAGCAGAAGCUAUAUGAGAAGCUUGUUCAUCACAGUCAGCCUCCAGAUCCUUCUGAGAGCUCUGUCACAGCAAUACCAUCAGAGAGCCAGCUGGGGAAUGGCAGCCAGUGUGACUGGCUGAUCUCCUGCUGCAGCUGCCAGGCCAGGAUUGUUGGAGUUCGCUACCAAUGCAGCCUCUGCCCAGCCUACAACAUCUGUGAGCAGUGUGAGGCAGGGACGUAUGCGCACAACCGCAACCAUGUCUUACUCAAGCUGCGCAGACCUGUGCUGGGUCCUGCUGAGAGCCAUGGCCCUGUGGAGGGUGCUCCUCACCUGCCUGCCACCCUGGAGCAAGUCAGGCUUCAGAAACAGAUGGACAAAAGGUUUCUGAAGGCAGAAAAGCAAAGACUGCGAGCAGAGAAGAAGCAGAGAAAAGCAGAAGUCCGAGAGCUCAAAAAGCAGCUAAAAUUGAACAGGAAAAUUCAUCUGUGGAACUCCAUCCAUGUAUUGGAAGCCAGUGGCUCGCCUGCUCUGAAAUCUGACAGUCUCCAACCCAAUACCUUCCUGGCUCCCAGUCAACCCUUCCAAGCAAUUGUCCCAACACUAAGUGCGGUGUUUGUGGAUGAGAACUUGCCUGAUGGUACUCACCUGCAGCCAGGAACAAAGUUCAUCAAACACUGGCGGAUGAAGAACACUGGCAAUGUGGAGUGGGGCGCAGACACAAAGCUGAAACUGAUGUGGGGAAAUCUGACCUUGGCAUCUUCUGAAAAAGAAUAUGUGUUAGUGCCAUCCCUUCCGUCAGGACAUGUAGGAACUGUUUCAGUUGAGUUUGUAGCUCCUAAUAUAGAAGGAACUUAUACCUCUCACUGGAGACUGUCACACAGAGGGGAACAGUUUGGGCCCAGGAUCUGGUGCAGUAUUGUUGUGGAUCCUUCCCCACCUACUGACUCUCCAGAACACAAUUGGAAGGAUUCUGACUCGUGUCAGAAGGAUAAAAAUUCCAGCACCAAACAGGCUGCUUCCUUAAAAACAGAAGCAGGUACUCAAGUGAUGGGUGAAGUCAUGGAGCAGGCUGAAAUACCUUUGCCACAUAUUCCUUUAAAGAUCAAAACUCUGCCAAGUGAGAGAGAAUUUUAUAUCCCAUCUGUUGAUCUCCUCACUGCACAGGAUUUGCUGUCUUUUGAGCUGUUGGAUAUCAAUAUUGUGCAGGAGUUAGAGCGAGUGCCACACAAUACUCCUGUUGACAUGACUCCAUGCAUGUCCCCUUUGCCACAUGAUAGCCCCUUGCUGGAGAAACCUGGCUUGGGUCAGAUAGAGGAGGAGAACGAGGGGAGCGGAUUUAAACCAGUGCCUGGAGUGAGUGAAGCCUGCUCUCCUGCAGAUGCUCGUGUAGUGAAACCAAAAGCUGAGCAUCCACUGACCCAGGAGGAAGGAGAAGAAGAUAUGAGUGGGACUCAGUUUGUCUGUGAAACUGUAAUUCGCUCUCUAACCCUGGAUGCUGCACCUGAUCAUAAGCCCCCACAAAAAAAGAUCUCCCAGAACUCUUUGCAAGCAUUGCAAGACACCUUCAGUUACAAUGUGAUAAAUGAAGAGUCUUCUAGGAUAAAAACUAAUUCCGCUUCCAGAAAGGAAGCAAAUAUUCUUCAGUCAGAGCCAAUGAUAGCAAAUGACUGUGGGGACCUUCAGCGAUCUGACAGAGCAAGCCCCUGCACUGAUCCUGGCAAUUCUGAUGGAGAUAAAGAUGAUGUUCAAAGUCAAGGUUCCUCUGCCUCAUCAGAGGAUUAUAUCAUUGUUCUCCCUGAGUGCUUUGACACCAGUCGUCCUUUAGGGGAAUCUAUGUAUAGCUCAGCUCUUUCUCAGCCCAGUUUGGAAAAGAGGGGAGAACCUGAAACGAGAGCAGAAACUCCAGAAGGGGAAAGCCAACCAGAGAUCCACAGUAUCAGUGAUACUUUGAUAACUUCGCAGGCACUGACUGUAGCCCUCCUUGCCCCAGAGACUGCAGAUAUCUUACCCCAGAUGCAAAGGAAUCUUGCAUCUCUUCAGAAUCCUGUCUUCCAAGAACCAAGCACACCAUCUGCAGAGAAUCUCUCUUCCAUUCAUAAUCAGCUAAGAGAAGAACCCAGUGGUGGAGACAGUCAUGGACCAGGAUCUUCUGGAUUUGUAGCUAGCAAACAGAAAUGCUCAGAAUACCCAAGAUACCCUCAAGGAAGCAGCAUUGCAGGAGAACUGGUUAAAGGAGCUUUGUCAGUUGCUGCUUCUGCCUACAAAGCAUUGUUUUCUGGACCACCCAUUAUAGCACAGCAGUCUGCAGCUGCGGAAGAGCACACAGCCACUCUUCUGUCCAGUCUCUGUGAGAUGGGGUUCUGUGACAAGCAGUUAAACCUGCAGCUGCUGAAGAAACACAACAAUAACAUGGUUCAAGUGGUAACUGAGUUGCUUCAGAUCAGUAACAGUGACUGGUACAGCAGCAGAUGCUGAACCUUCCUGGUGGAAGAAGGAAUCCUCUUCAUUUAGUAACCUUUUUUUAAACACAGUAACAGUAGCAGGUUGUUCCUCAUCUGCUUUCUCUUUGGAGGUGUGACUCCAGCUUUGAUUUUUCUUUGAGCUUUUGACUUUUUUCUCAUGGAAAUGUCAAGCAGUGCUUGUCACAGCAUCUUACAGAGACCAGAAUUUCAACUGCUAUUUGGAUCUCAUAGCUAAAUGAGUAGUCUUGAAGUCUCUAAUUCAUACUGAAUCCUUUUAUCAGGGAAUCCUGUAGAAUUUCUUCAACUUCCACUCAGACACGAACUUCCAAUUUGUUGUGUGUAAGACUAUUUUAUUUUUCUAGGCAGCUGGAAACUUUUCAACUUUAACAAACUUUGGAAUAGGAACUGAUGUGAAAUGCUGAUGUAAAAGAGCAUUUACAUGUACAAGAGAUGCCCACAAAGAGCAGGUUGUUUCUUCUGGUAUGGUUUGGCAAUGGAUUUGUCCAGUGCAUGAUAGCAAUGUAACAGACUUAGACCUUACAUGUGAAUGCUGGAAGAAACAAAAACACUGUCUUGAAGUGUCAAGCUACUCCUGAAAAGUCUGAAAACGUAACCGCUGUUCAAGUGAUGAAUACCAGGAAAGUAACUGCUUCUUGUAGCCGAAUGAAGCAGGAGAGUGAACUUGUCAGCAAGAAUUGAUCCAGCUUUAGCAAUUACAGGGGAAUACUGCCCAUGGAAAGUGUGUUGUUAGAAGUGGGUGCAAGGGUAGGAAAGGCCUACCUGUGAACCUUCACAGGCUCUUUGUAAAAAUGUUGAAUUCAAUCACUAUCUUUUCAGUGUAGUGUAAACCUCUUAUCCUGUUAAUACCACACAGAGGAACUGAAGAAUGUGUAGAAACCCAGACUGGAACUGGAGUACAAAUCCUGGUUGUGUGUAGGAGUAGGAAGAGUGCUCGAGGUAGGGGUUGUGACUUAGGUGAUAAAGUCAUUAACUGAAACACUAAGUGUACGGUCUCCUGUGAUGGUUCUAGCUGCUCCUGUGUUUCCAUAGACACAUCUGUAGGAUUAAUCUUCCUCACAAGAUUUUGCUUUAGGUGCCCAUGUUUAAUUUGGAAAUCUAUGAAUUCCUGGCUAACUGUGCUGAGAGAUUUGAUUCUGAAGAAUCGCAAGAAAUGAGCCAUGUACACUGCUGUGCAGUGGGCUGUCCACAGAUAACUUCUCAGAGUCUACUCCCUCUGAAGGUGACCACAGUAUCAGCCAUGUGCUUAAUCUGGAGCAAACCUUUGUCCUUGUUGCAGUAAGAAACCAUUAAUCCUAAAAUAUUUUGUUAUUGCUGCUUCAUAAGAGGGUGUUCCUGUGCUGUCCCAAUGUAGCUAAAGCAGUAUCAGUAUUGUGACUGACUGGGUGAUCAGCGGUAGUAGUUUUUUUAAAGACACGGUACCCUUAGAGAUAAGAUACCUUUAAAACUAAAGAAAAACAUGUAUCAUACCACUUUUGUUUUAAACCUAUUUUUAUAGUAUGGGAGAUUAUACUCUUGAAUUUAUUUUGAAAUACAGUAGAACUAUUUUGCAGUGCUUCCUAUCUCCCUGUACACCAAUACAACUGUCUGCUGUGGACCACAUAAAGUUCUUUGUUAUUUGAAGCCACUGGUUUUUUCCUACCUUAACUUACACAUCUGUUUUGAGUAGAUUUGGCUUGUGCCUGCUCUAGAAUGAAGAGGAGAGGAGACGGGUGAAGUAAAAUGUGAGCAUAGGCUGGUUAUCUGCUUUGAUCUUGAAUGCCCAUCAGGCCACAUAUUCUUUCUGAGUGUAGCCCCAUGCUUAGAAUGUUAAUGUUCUAUGAAUUAACAAAACACUAAAAUGUUUGAGGAACACUUCAUUGUAGAUUGAAAUGUGAAGUGUGACAUGCUGUUUUCUGUAGGCUACUUUUUACUAGGGUUUAGAUAAGUCUGGACAUACAUUAAGAGAAAUAUAUCUUCUGGCUUUGUAUAUUUUGUUAAUGGAUGCAUGGUAUGAUUUAUAAUAUAUUCUAUAGUGCAGAUACGACCUAUCUUGUUUAGGGUGAACACUUUAAACUCAGCUGUUGGGGAAGGAGGACUGCCUCUGCUGUUACAAUAAAA